UUUUUUUUUUUUGCCUCUUUACAAACAUUUGCUCAUGUGCUUGUGUCCUAGACAUCUUAACACAUCAAAAAUCUUAACUGUGUUGGCAUUAGCUCAGUUGCUGUUACUGGCUUUCCAUAAACUGCCCCUUCCUGGUAGUUUAGUGAAGCCUACUAGCUUGUCCUUUCGCAUGGACUUUUAGUCUUUUAUAGUUUCCAUAACUAAGGGAGGCAUGGGUUUUGGGAUCAGCCAUUUUCCCAAAUUUGGGCUGUACCACUUUUCCACUAUUUGGUCUCUCUUGUUAAAAUGGAGAUUGUACGUGUCACAAGUCUCAGCUAAUCGUGGGUGCCUAUAUUUUAUUGUACUUUUUAAGUGGAAGUUUACAAUUCAAGUCAGUCUAAUAAAAAAAUAUACGUACGUUGUUACGUGACCCUAAUCACUGUCUUUCUACUGUGACAGCACAUUCCUUCUUUCCACCUGAUUUAGGGGUCCCUAUAUUUUAAACAGUUUUAAGUCUUGUUGCAUGUUUUGAUGUCAAACCCUUAGAAGGGUCUUCUGAUAAAAGUUGCCUCAGCAUCACCUGGAGGACUUAAUAAAACGUGGCUUAGCCCCAUCCCAGAGUUUCAGGUUCCUAACGUGUUUCCCAGGUGAUGCAGAUGCUGCUAGUUUGGCACUGCCCUUAGGAGAACCACUGAACAUGUAUAAGGGACACCUGUAUACCUUAGCCUCCCCCACCCAGGAGGUUAUUUAUUCAAGUCACAUAACAGCUAAUGCAUUCACCUGGAGUUGCUGUGAAGUUCUAGGGAUCUUUAAAAAUCCACCAUAGAGGACUAUUUUUCAAAAAGAACCAAGGCUUAUUUUUGUGAACACAAGAUUGAAAAGGUACAUUUAAAUGGUGAUUUGGAGAACACUGAAGUAUUCUGAUGCACUAUGUCAUCUUGUACCGUGGUAGCUUGCAUGUUAUGAUGCUGGAAGCUAUGCCACCAGUAUUUCAAAUAUCAGGGUCAACCCAGAGUGUACAGGUUUCAGUGAAGCUUCCAGACUAAGAGAAGAAAGUCCUGGCUAUCUGCUUCCAAAAUACACCAAUAAAAAACCUAUGGAUUACAACAUAAUAUUGUCCAAUACAGUGCUGGAAGAUGACCCCCCUAGGUCUUUGGAAGCCAGUCAAAAUACACAGUAGUCGCAGCAAUGCACGCGUAUGACAAAGAUUGCACACGACUGGACAACGUUUCCCUCUGUUACGCUAAGGUCGCCGUGAAUUGAAGCUGAUCCCAGGACAACUAAGUAUUUUGAUAACAUUCUCUGGGUAGUAAAAAGAAAAUCGGGACGCAAGGUAAAGUUGACUCAGCAGUGGUUAAAGCAGGGUAGUGAAAAAUAGAUGGAAAUAACCCUUAGGUGCUGACGAGAACAAAUGAAAAAAGAAAACUCCAGUAAUUACAAAGGGUAAAGCUUGAGCUGCCAAACACAAAAGAACAACUAGUUAAGAGAGGAUGCACAUCAAAGCCCUACUUCGCCUUAGCGAAUAGGAGUUGAAGGACAGGCCCCGGCAGUCUCCCGCCUGGAGCGCGGUGGCGUACUUCCGUGGGCGGGGCCUGCCGCCCGUGCGCACGCUGGUUUCCGUCGCGCCUGCGCGGUUGGCUCCCGGAGCUUUACUACCAUUGUGGCAGUUAAUUGGGAUCAGCUAACUGAAGAUACAGUGCGCCUUAACUCUAGGGGGAGAUGCGUUCUAGUGCAGCGGUCAGGACCUUCCGUAAAACCUGCAGGUGCCUAUUCUCUGGGUUUGGGGGUCGCGUAGGUGGGGGGCUGCUGGAACGCUUGACGAAAACGAGCAGCUCCCUCGGAAGACAGCUGAGGUGGUACGCGGAGCUCCCUCGGGGGAGCGAGCCGGGAGAAGUCCCCGAGUCCGGCGAGGGGAGCGAGGGGCUCUUAGAGAUCUGUCAGAGAAGGCAUUUCUUCAGUGGAACCCAGCAGCAGCUUAGCCGAGACUCCCUUCUGAGCGGGUGCCACCCCGGCUUUGGACCCUUGGGCAUAGAGUUGCGGAAGAACCUAGCCGCAGAAUGGUGGUCCUCGGUGGUGGUGUUCAGGGAGCAGGUCUUCCCGGUGGACGCCCUUUAUCACGAACCAGGCCCUUCGCUGCCGGGAGACAGUGCCUUCAGGUUAGUUUCUGCAGAAUCUCUUCGCGAAAUCUUGCAAGACAAAGAGCUGAGUAAGGAACAUCUUGUAGCAUUUCUUGAGAACUUAUUAAAAACCCCUGGGAAACUACGGGAGAACCUUCUUCACGGUGCCUUGGAGCAUUAUGUUAAUUGCCUGGAUCUGGUAAACAAGAGGCUCCCGUAUGGCCUUGCUCAGAUUGGAGUGUGUUUUCAUCCUGUUUCUGAUAGUAAGCAGACACCUCAUGGUGCUAAAAGAAUCGGUGAGAAGACUGAAGCUUCCCUGGUAUGGUUUACUUCUGCAAGAACUGCAAGCCAGUGGCUUGAUUUCUGGUUACGUCAUCGACUGCUGUGGUGGAGAAAGUUUGCAGUGAGUGCAUCUAACUUCAGCAGCAGCGAGUGUCAGGAUGAAGAGGGACGAAAAGGAAACCAACUUUACUACAAUUUUCCCUGGGGAAAGGAGCCAAUAGAAACCCUGUGGAAUCUAGGCGAUCAUGAACUCCUACACGCUUAUCCUGGAAAUGUGUCUAAACUACACGGCCGAGAUGGACGGAAAAAUGUGGUUCCUUGUGUUCUAUCUGUAAGUGGAGAUCUAGACCGAGGCAUGCUGGCUUACCUGUAUGAUUCUCUCCAGCUAACAGAAAACUCCUUUUCAAGAAAGAAACAUCUUCAUAGAAAGGUUUGUCAAGGGCUAUUUAAUGAAUUAUUAGAAAAUGGAAUUUCUGUGUGGCCUGGUUAUUUGGAAACUGUGCACUCCUCAUUGGAACAACUUUAUUCAAAGUAUGAUGAAAUGAGUAUCCUUUUCACAGUUUUGGUUACUGAAGCGACUUUGGAGAAUGGAUUAAUUCAUCUGAGAAGUAGAGAUACCACAAUGAAGGAAAUGAUGCAUAUAUCCAAAGUAAAAGACUUUUUAACCAAGUAUAUAACAUCAGCUAAGAAUGUAUAGAUUUUAAUAUUUGUAAAAUAAAUAUUUUUCUUUCCUAAUUUGGUUGUUUUAUGUUAGCUUAGUUUUUUUAAGCCUCUUUGCACUUAAAAGUGGACAUUUUUUAUGCUUUCUUUGAUUCAGUUUUUAUUACAUUUCUUGAUGUAUUCUGUUGUAUCAGUUAGGAAUGUGUUUGGCUACAAAAAAUUAUACUAUACUGGAUUAAAAGCAAAUUGGGGUUUUUUCUUAUAUAACAAGAAAUCUAGAGGAUAGGCUUUCUAGAGUGAGGAUAGCUGUUCAUAGUUAGGGGCCCAGGCUUUAUCUUUCUGCACCACUAUCUUUAGUACUGUGGUACAGUGAGUUACUUAAUAUGGCCCUUCUAGCUAUAAUCUUUGUAACCCCACACAGUGAUUGGGUGGGACGACUAUGCAAAUAAAAUGCUUAUGGCCCACCAAGGAGAUUGGACAGCUUGCUGCUAAUGCAAAUAAGGUGCAUGGAACCUUGUGGGGGUAGAUCAUGCAAAUAAGGUAUAUGGAACCCUAACGAAGGGAUUGGUCAGUUUUGCCAUCCCACUAGGCUUAAAGGAAGAUGUGGAGAGAGAUAGGGAGGAGCUGUAACACAGAAGACAGAGACAGCGUUGCAGCAGUAGCAAGAGUGAAAGUGGCAUGAGAUGGCUGCAGUGGGACUUGCUGACCCACAGAGCUAAGAGCUCAGUAACACUUGACUGAGCAGGGCAGAGGUGAGGCCAAGAGGCCACGGGCUAGAAAGAGGCCUUCCUGUCGGCAGAGCUAAGAAGAAGCUGUCCUGAUCGAAGAAUUGUAUCCUGAAUUAUUUCUGAUCCUGAGGUGUACCCCUUUACUUCCCUAAUAAACCAAUUAACUGUAAGCACAAUUUGUGAGUUCUGUGAGAUGUUGCAGUGAGUUACAGAACCCAAAGGUGAGAGGGAGAGUACUGAGGGGAGGAGGAGUAGUUGAUGUUAGAGAUGAUUGAGUGGUUUAUCAGUUUGGAAAAGUUGAACAUUUGGGAUAUCUUUAACCUCCGCCUCAUAGGCACCAGCUUUGUGCUGAUCCUUUUAAAAGAAAUUAUUCAUUUAAGUACUUUAGUUGGCUUUUAUCUUUAUACUUGUUGCCUCGUGAUCAUAAAGGCAGCUGCUUUAUUUCUAGCCUUCGUUCACAGUCUUGAGGGCAGCUGGUCAGAGCAUUUCCUGUUUUUGCAACUCGUCAUCCUAGAUGCCCUGGUGUUAUCCUGCACAUAACCCAUAUUUUCCAUUUUUCUAUUGGAUUAUUGGUCUUUUUCUUAAUGCUUUGUAGGAGCUUAUUAUAUACUAUGUAACUUCGUACUUUAAAAUAUAGGUUGAAACUAUUUUCUUGUAGUUGUUCAUUUGAUUUGGUUUAUGGCUUUUAUAUGUAUAUGUAUUUUAAAUAUUUCAUCUAGUAAGUGUUUUUAAUAGUAUUUUAUUGAGUUUUUGGUGAACGUUUACAUAGCAAGUUAGAUUCCCAACUGACAGUUUCCACACAAAUUGUUCAGUAACAUUAGUUACGUUUAUCACAAUGUUUUGACAUUCUCUUUAAUUGUGUUCUGUUUGUUCCAUUUCCCAUACUCUGGUUUCCCUGUAGUCAAAUUUAAUAAUCAUUUAUAUCUUCUGGGUUGUGAAUCACACCUAGAAAAGCCUUCCCCAACUCAAGAUUAUUUUUAAAUUCCCUGUUUUCUUCUAGCACUUAUGUGACUUUGUUUUUAUGUAUUUUAAUAUCUGAUCUAUCUGAAUUUUGUUGUAA